CGGCGCUAGGCGAGAUCGAGGCCCAGGGACGCGCGCCGCCUCCUCCUCCUCCUCGUCGCCGCCGACAUCGCGACUCGCGGCGGACGCGAACAUCGUCAGUUGGAGACCAUGGCCGCAGCGGCCGUGUCCAGCAUCAACCCGCGUCAGGACUUCCCGGCGUGGCUGGCCGCUCACGGCGUGAGCCACAGCGUGGCCGAGGCCGUGGACCGGGAGCUGGGCAUCGGCGACUACGAGGCCUUCCUGGCGUGCGCUGAGCAGCCCCACGUCAGGGCCGAGAUGUUCGCCGCCGCCAGGGAGCGGCUGCCCUUCGCCUUCUACGCCGUGCUGCGCCGCGUCACCGAGGCCUCGUCCCCCAAGCGCCACGACGGGGCCGGCGGCGGCCUUCAGGCCGCUGGCAACACGGCGGCGUUCCAGCCGUUCCUGAGCGGCCUCCUGGACGCCAUCGUCCUCAUGCUCAACAGCCUGAGCCAGGAGCUGCUCCACUCGGCCGAGAGGUUCAGCUGCCUGGAGCCCGCCCUCUACCCUAGGACAGAACGGGAUUCUAGGAUGUACAUGGAUGAUGAAGGCAUGUCAGAGGGGUACAGCGCAGAGGAAGCGGCUCAGUCCGCAGCGCAGACUUCGGCUGGACUCAACGAGGAGGUGGAUGGGCAGCAGACGGACACAUGGGAGGAAAACGACGACCUUGGUGAAGGUGAACUCAUAGGUCCCGAUGGCAGGGUAGCACCGGACGGAGUGGCGUCCCACAGCCACGCCCAAGCCGACCUGCAGGAGGACAGCGAGGCGCAGAGCUCCUCCGCGUGGGGGCUGGGCACCGUGAAGGCGGAGCAGGCCACGGAAGCCGAGGUGAAGACACCAGUUUUGGAUGAAGAUGGAGUGGACCCAAGCCACGUGUGGAAGGAUAUUAAAGUUGAGAAGAGAGAAAAGUAUUGCCACGGAGCAGAAUCUACUCCUGCUGGCGAUGAUGGUGAGGCAGCUGAGAUGAUGCACUGUGCCGACACGGAGGGCGACCCCACCCAGAACGAGUGGGGCCUUCCUGCGGACAGCAAGGGGCCGCACGGCGCCGAGGGCGAGUGGAGGGAGGAUCCAGAAGAGGGCCUUUACCCCGUGGACACGAACGUUGUGCCGCACCAGCGGCCACCGAAGCACUCGCUGCAGCUAUUCGGCGACUGGAGGGGCCACGACAGCCGAGCCUGGGUGCACGGAAAACAGGCGGCAGUGGUGGCGGCGGCGGCGACGGAGAGCCCGGGUGCGGCGCGGUCCUCGUUUGAGCACCAGCGGACCGUAGUGACAGGCCAGUGGAAUGCCCUGUGGGAGAGCUCACCCGCUCAGGCGAACGUCGGCUGUCCCCUGCCGAGCGCCGAUUCUGACCACACCGCCUACCAGGGCGCCAUUCCGCACAUUGAACGGUGCGUCCAGCACAUCCCCGGCCCCGCGGCGGGCGGUGAGGCUGUGCGAAUGCAUUCGGCGGUGGCGCGCACCAAAUCGCGCAGGUACGGCAGCGCGAGGGCACGAGCGUCCGCCGCUGCCUACGCCGUCAUCGCCGCCGCCACCGGCGGCACCAUGACGGCUCCGUUCACGUGCACCCUUUGCGGGCAGAUGUUCGGCAAGAAGUACGCGCUGCUGUCUCACCAGCGCAAGCACACUGGCGAGAAACCGUACGAGUGCUCCCAGUGCGGCAAGCGCUUCAGGGUGUCCAACAACCUGGCCCGGCACAAGCGCUCGCACACGGGCGAGAGGCCCUUCGCGUGCGAGCAGUGCGGCAAGCGCUUCGUCACGUCCGACAGCCUCGGCUACCACCAGCAGCUUCACAUAUCCAAGCGACUCUUGCACGGAGCUGCGCUGUGAAGGAGGAGAGCCCACGGGGUCAGCUCUGCGCUUAGGGGAUUCUACCAGGGGUGACUGAAUACCCUUGAUGCUUCACUCAUUGGUGCCCAUGGCUACUUCUGUAAAUUGUGGAAUAUAUAAAUGGGUCUGGUUUUCCAAAGCUGGUAAUGCUCCCAGUAUUAUGUAGAUAAUGGAGGUUGCCAGGAUCAUCUGUGCAUGCGUGUGUGUUUUUGGUGGUUUGGUAGUGGCAGGCUGGUUCAUGGCUGUGUGGCAACUGAUAGUAGCAGCUCUGAUCAUUGCCUGGAUGCCUGAUGGCUCAGCCCAACACUCUGACCUGACUCCAGCUCGGGUCUUCCAUGUGGGUCUCAACUCCAUCAAGAUAAUACACUUGAGGGGACAUCUUAUUUUUUUUUCCCAACGAAGAAAGAUCCUUAGUCAUUGUACCCAAGACUAAGCUAUUGUGAGCAGAUAACUGCUCCGUUAAGAAAGUGACUCGUCAACUUGAGCUGCAAGCAAGCCCAAGAAGCUGUCCUGUUUUAAGAGGUGCGGAUGCAGGAGUUCGGCAAGGUCGGCUGCAUCUGCCAGCUGCCUGUCACAUCCACGCACAUCACCAGGAUUCUCCAUGCACAUUUCAUCACGUACCGCAGUGCUUCCACGCAUUCCAGUCGCAGAGCCGGCACUAUCGCUGGUGAACUUGGUACUGGAAUAUCAAUACAGCGGUUGUAUUGAAUUGGCAAUUUGUGCGGCGUCCAUUGUGUGUGAUGUACGGAAUUUAUAUAUACGGAGCGAUUAAUGCGGUGUUGGCUUUUACGUGAUUUUGUGCUAAUCGGUUGCCAUUGACCACAAACGCCUCAUGAUCCGUGGCUGCCUGCGUUUCUCCGUGGACACUGAUGGUAGUGAAAAUAAUGUUCUUUAAAAAAAGAAGCGCGUGUUUAACAAGGUUACUUGUCGCGCACAUACAGUAUAUGCGAUGUUUCGAGCGUGUUUGUGAAAUGUACAUAUGAACUUUGAGGUUUGUGGAGUAUGGAACAAGUGAUUCCAUAUGGAUUAUGGGUAGGAGGGGUCCAUACCCACCCCCCCCCCCCCCAAUGGAAUUCGAUGCUCUUCCCCAUUCAGAAGCAGCACCCCAAAUGUGAAGGCAGAGGUCACCAAGGAUGACGCGCGGUUGAUGCCAUCGAUUUCAAAUGCCAGAUCUCAAAACGGUUGCACGGUUCACCACCACCUGCUUGGAGGUGUGCGCACCUCGAGUGGAAUUUCGGUCCUCAUUCAAGGCCGCCCGUUAAAGGGAACCAUGACUUGGAAUUGUUACCAGCACCAAGGCGUGCUCCUAACGUAUUUUUAGAUGGAGGGUAUAGAUAUGGGUGCUCCCCCUUCCCGCAAAUUAAGGCGGUAACGAGAGCCCCCUUACUCCCGCCUGUGUAUUUGGUCCUGUCCCGAGUUGUGAAUGAGACUCCUGAUGUAAGAAAGACACUUGGUCCUGUGAGCAAUGGAUACAAAUAAUGAGGUUUGUGUACCACCUUGACUCGCAUAAACUGCCGUGGCCUGCAGCACGGGGAGAUGGAGACCACGUCUGCUGAGAGGUCGCGUGGAUUGUGUAACUUCCUGCCAAGAGUAACACAAUUUACUCUUCUUUUGACCUGAUUUAUUACAAUGCGGUAAAAAAAUCGGCUUCCUUAUUUUGCCUUGUUUGUAUUCUCUUGUUUUGUACUGGUUACCUUCUCCCCUUCCGUACCAUUCAUCUCGUAUGUCCCUUCUCAUUUGCGUUGUUUUGUCUGCUGUCGCGUUGGUUGUUUCUCCCGUUUCUCAUUUGUUACUGCCGGUACUCGACAAUAGUUUGUACAAUUUGCUGUGAUGUGUCUAGAUUGUACUUUCUGUCUAUUGUUCAGCCUCCUAUAUUACCCGUCUUUACAGUAAAUUGCACUGCGUGCACUGCAUGUUGUUUGUCCAAUUUGUAUUGCCACCUUUGUAGUAUUCUAUCGUGUAUGGCACUGUCCGGUGUGAACUGUCAGUCACUGAUGUACAGUCAUUUACAACCUGUCUCGGUGUGCCUCAAUCUCGUUUCAUCCACGAGGUUAACAUUCAACGGUCCAACUUUUACCUUCCGUCAUGUCCCUGAGUGGUGGAAUUGGUUUAUUCUGCCUGGUGAUCAAUGGACAGAAUGUGUGUGCCCGGUACAUGACGUCAGAUAACUCGGGGGGUGCAAUUUGUCCAGUCUCAUUCCUGCGAGGCACAUUCAAAAUCUUUAUUAAUACUAGAGGAAUCCGAUGAUUAAUAGGGCUAUUAAGACUGCAUUUUUUCCAUAUUAUAACCAUUACUUAAUUGCAUCAUUCUUGCAUCUGCCGAUGCAGAGAUGCUGCUGCUCCAAGCAAUUGUUUUAUUGUGGAUUGAAUGUAUUGCCUUGUUGAUCGGGGUACCUAUCAAGAUGCCACAAAUGCAGCAGUCGAGAUGCUUGCUCGUCUUGCACUGGGAGAAUACAUCGCUCAGGUUCUUGCAUCUUCGCAUUGGCUCCCCGUCUCCAAACAAGUGGAAGUUAAGAUCACGUUGCUUAUAUUUGAGGUCUUUUUGAAAGCGAGCUCCAAAUUAUAUUCAGCAGCUAAUGCAACCAUGUCCCCCCUUCAAUGGUGCCCUAUGUAUACCUCGGUCUUGGCUACUUUCUUGGGGUGGUCGGGCAUUUACUGUGGAACUUCUGACUGGUGUCUCCCCGGUUGGAGAAUUCCCGGCCUGGUGACCCCCCCCCCCCACACUUGUGUAAAUCGGCCUCUUGGACAGUGUUAGUACCAACUAAAAAUAUUAUUUAAUUAGCUUAGUUUCUCUGGCCCCUUAUUCUGUCAUCCGGCUCUUAUCCGUGCCCUUUUCACCCAUGGCACCUUGAGAUAUUGUGAAAGGUGCCUAAUAAGUGCAACUCAUCAUUGCAACAACUUCACCUGUGUUUCUUUAACGUGGGCUGCGAGAGGUGGGAGGGAAUGGGUUUUCCCGAGGGUCUGCAGUUGUCACAGUAUCCGCAACAGCGCUGAAUAUGCGCGCACAUGGACGGUCGUUAUUGCUAACGUACGGCAACGUUAAACAUGCGUGAUAAUUUUUUUUAUUGUUUUAAUGUUUAAUAAACAAAAGUGGAUUGAAUCGUCUGGUGGCAAGUGAAAGUAAAAAUACAUUCUCUUUGGUUUUUUCGGUAAAGUCACGUAGGUAUAAUGAUUUAUUUUCUACCUAUGUGACUUUACCGAAAGA